AUGAAGAAAGAACUACAGACUUUGGGCUUCUGGAAGGCUGCUCUUGCUGAGCUACUAGGGACAACAAUGCUUGUCUUUUGUGGUGUUUCUGCAGUAAUUGGGAAUAGGAACAGCAGCUACCCAGACCAAGAAGUAAAGGUAGCAUUAGCAUUUGGAUUAGCCAUUGCUAUCUUGGUUCAGAGUUUGGGCCACAUAAGUGGAGCCCACCUGAAUCCAGCUGUCACACUUGCCAUGCUGGUUAGCUGCCAGAUUAGCCUAUGCCGAGCACUGUGGUACAUUUUGGCUCAGGUGACUGGGGCUGUGAUUGCUAGUGGCAUUGUUCUGGGAGUGAGGCCAUUGGUGGUGGAUUCACUUGGGUUGAAUAAGCUGAAUGGUGUCAGCCCAGGACAAGGCUUUGGAAUUGAGUUUCUCCUCACACUUCAGUUGGUGCUGUGUGUCCUAGCAACAGUGGAUAAAAGGCGGGACAUCGCUGGUUCAGCUCCAUUUGCAUGUGGGCUCUCUGUAGUUCUGGCUCACCUUGUAGGCAUUAGUUACACUGGAUGUGGCAUCAACCCUGCUCGAUCUUUUGGCCCAGCUCUAAUCUCUGUGCAGUUUGACAACCACUGGGUGUUCUGGGCAGGGCCACUGUGUGGCGGUGUUGUAGCAGCACUCCUUUAUGACUUCGUCCUGUUUCCUAAAGGUUCGGACUUUGUUGGCUGGCUCAAGGUUUUGUGCCAUGGUACUGAGGCUUCAGAUGAAGAGACUGAACCCCUGCUUGAGGCUGGUGGUCCUGCAGCUCAGUGA